AUGUCCUUUACAAUUCCCGCUGGCCCAAAUAAGAAUAAAUCUAUACGAUAUAAUUUAGGUAGAAACAGUAGCGCUGAUUCAUUUGAUUUAAACUUGGAUGAUUCCUUAGAUCAAGUUUUAGAUAAUCUACAAAUUUCGUCAGAAAAUAGGAACACAAGUUAUGGCCAAACUGCCACUAAUUCUAUCAAUAAUGAGAGAGAGAAUUUUGAAUUAAAAUCAGUUGAAGAUGUAAGUAAAUUUGGAAGAUUGGGUAAGAAUAGCUCCAAAUCUGAGCCAUUACUCAUGGAAAGGAACUAUUCUGAAUUUUCUACUAGGACAGAGGAGACUUGGAGCAAUAUUAUUCCAAAAUCCAAAUCGAUGUUUGAACGAAUUAGUUCAUUGUUAAGAAAAUCAAUGAAUGAAGUAACAUCUGAAAUGCAAAAUAAAUCAAACCGAAUAAAAAUAAAUAAAGACAAUGUGGAAAGAAUAAUUAAACCAGAUCAAACACAAUCUUUGAAAAAUGUAUAUCCAUCUAAUGAGAUAUCAAACGCUAAAUAUAACCCAAUCACUUUUGUUCCGAUUCUAUUAUACGAACAAUUCAAAUUUUUUUAUAACUUAUACUUUUUAGUCGUUGCAUUAUCACAAGCUGUUCCUGCUUUGAGAAUAGGGUACUUAUCAUCAUAUAUUGUCCCAUUAGCAUUCGUGUUGACAGUUACAAUGCUGAAAGAAGCGAUUGACGAUAUACAAAGAAGAAGACGUGAUAGAGAAUCUAAUGGUGAACUAUAUGAAAUUUUACAGAGUAAAGACAUGAUCCAAAGUAAGGAUUUAAAAGUGGGUGAUUUGAUAAAACUAAACAAAGGUGAGCGUGUUCCUGCAGAUGCAAUUUUACUUCAAACUAGUGAUAAUUCUGGUGAAGAAUUUAUCAAAACAGACCAACUUGAUGGUGAAACAGAUUGGAAACUUCGAAUUGCCCCACAAAUUAGUCAAACUAUGACUGAAGAAGAAUUAUUUACAAAGCUGACAUUAUCGGCUACACCGCCAGAAAAAUCUAUUCAUUCAUUUUUGGGUAAGAUUUCUUCUGAAGAUGGAACAUCAGUAGCGUUAUCUAUCGACAAUACAUUAUGGGCAAACACUGUUGUUGCUUCAAAUGGAUCAUGUAUUGCUUGUGUAAUAUACACCGGUAAACAUACAAGACAGUCUAUGAACACCACUUCAAAAUCUGUUAAAACUGGUUUAUUAGAAAUAGAAAUAAAUUCCAUUUCCAAAUUAUUAUGUAUUUCAGUUUUUGCAUUAUCGGUGAUACUAGUGGUAUUUGCUGGAAAGGAUAAUAAGGAUUGGUAUAUUGAUAUAUUAAGAUACUUAAUUCUAUUUUCCACAAUCAUACCAGUAUCGUUAAGAGUCAACUUAGAUUUGGCUAAAUCAGUAUACGCAUAUCAAAUAGAACACGAUCAAAUGAUCCCAGAAACAAUCGUUAGAACAAGUACUAUACCCGAGGAUUUAGGUCGUAUCGAAUAUUUAUUGUCAGACAAGACAGGUACUUUAACUCAAAAUGACAUGCAGUUAAGAAAAAUACAUUUAGGAUCGCUGUCUUAUUCUAUGGAAUCAAUGGAUAUUGUAUCUGGUUAUGUAGACAAUUACUUCAAUACCAAUACUAAUAAUUUAUCAGCUGCUAGAAAAGAUGCAGCAACUAAUGUUUGUGAUUUAUUGAUUACUUUAGCAUUAUGUCAUAACGUGACACCAUCUUUUGUGGAUAAUGAAUUGACUUAUCAAGCAGCAUCACCAGAUGAAAUUGCUAUUGUCAAAUUUACGGAAGAAGUUGGUUUGAGUUUAUUUAAACGUGAUAGACAUUCCAUAACAUUGCUUCAUAGGCAAACAGGAGAACAAUUGGUCUAUGAAAUUUCUCACAUAUUUCCAUUUAAUUCCGUUAGCAAACGUAUGGGCAUAAUCGUCUUUGAUAAAAAACAAAAGUCAUAUUGGUUUCUACAGAAGGGAGCCGAUACUGUUAUGUCAAAAAUUGUACAAAAAAAUAGCUGGUUGGAGGAAGAAGUUGAUAAUAUGGCAAGAGAAGGAUUAAGAACUCUGGUCAUAGGUAGGAAAAAGUUACCAACUAAAGUAUAUGAACAGUUCAUUGCCGAAUAUAAUGAGGCAUCUGUAGCAAUGACUGAUAGAGAAAUAAAAGUAUCUCAAGUAAUUUCAAAAUUCUUAGAAUAUGACGUAGAGCUUUUAGGUUUGACUGGUGUUGAAGAUAUACUGCAAAAGGAUGUGAAAUCUUCCAUUGAAUUGUUAAGGAAUGCAGGAAUUAAAAUUUGGAUGCUAACAGGUGAUAAAGUAGAGACAGCUAAGUGUGUGUCUAUCAGUGCAAAAUUGAUAUCAAGAGGACAAUAUGUUCAUACAAUAACUAAAGUUAACAAGACAUACGAUGCACUAAAUCAUCUUGAAUUUAUUAAAAUUAAUAAGAAUGCGUGUCUUAUCAUUGACGGUGAAUCAUUGGCUGUUUAUUUAAAGGAUUAUAAAAAAGAAUUUCUAGAAGCAGUAUUACAGCUACCGACAGUUGUCGCAUGUCGUUGUAGUCCACAACAAAAAGCUGAUGUGGCAUUAUUAAUUCGUGAAUUUACAGGCAAGAGAGUUUGUUGUAUUGGUGAUGGUGGUAAUGAUGUAAGUAUGAUUCAAUCUGCAGAUGUCGGCGUUGGUAUCGUAGGUAAAGAAGGUAAGCAAGCCUCUUUAGCCGCUGAUUUUUCAAUCACUCAAUUUUGCCAUCUUACUGAAUUAUUGUUGUGGCAUGGGAGAAACUCAUAUAAAAGAUCGGCUAAGUUAUCUCAAUUUAUUAUGCAUAGAGGUUUAGUAAUUGCGAUUUGUCAAGUUGUUUUUUCAAUAUGCUCUGGUUUUGAACCAAUUGCGUUAUAUCAAGGUUGGCUUAUGGUUGGUUAUGCUACUUGUUAUACAAUGGCACCAGUAUUUUCUUUAACUUUAGAUACAGAUAUUCCAGAAACAUUAACUAAAUUGUACCCUGAGUUGUAUCAAGAUUUAAUUGAAGGUAAAAGUUUAUCUCAUAAAACAUUUUUUGUAUGGGUGGUUUUAUCUAUUUUUCAGGGAUGCAUAAUCCAAUUAUUUUCCCAAUUUUUCACCGGUGUUAGUGAGUCUUUAUUUACAAAAAUGGUCGCAAUAAGUUUUACUUCCUUGGUUUUAAAUGAAUUAGUAAUGGUUGCUUUAGAAAUAUAUACCUGGAAUAAAGUUAUGGUAGUGACUGAAUUGGUUACAUUAUCAAUAUAUGUUAUUUCUGUCCCAUUUUUAUCCGAAUAUUUUGAUUUGUCAUAUUUUAAAACGUUGAACUUUUUUGCUGAACUAUUGUUAAUAUUAUCAAUUUCGGUUUUUCCAGUUUGGGCUUCCAAGGCUAUUUAUAGAAAAUUACAUCCACCAAGUUAUGCAAAAGUUCAACAAUAUUCUAUUGUGUGA